GGCAGUUUCCAUGAGAAGCCGUACCAUCUACGGCCACGUAGCUUUCCCGAGCGACGACGGAUGGCGUCGCUUGCCGCUGAACCGGAGACCUCGGGCGAUAGCAACGACGUACGGAGUCUAGGACGGGCCAACACCACUCCGGCGCCUUCGGUGCGGGAAGGACCAGCCGAUGAGCCGCCCUUCGUCGUCUCUGCCAGCAUGCAUGCCGUGCAUGCAUUCAACGUGGAGGAGGAUUCCUCGCCGAGUAGUAGCACUGCGCCAGCGCGCACGAAUUGCUGCCGCUUGAUGGUGGAUGCUCUCUUCCCCUUUGGGCUUCUCACGGAUGAGGGCUACAGGAGACGCCGCCGCCAGCGUCAUCCGUGCUGUCCCAGUCGCCGUGCCAUCGCCGGCUUUCGGAGCCUGGCCCCUGU